CAUUAUUCGUAUACCAUGGUGUUAAAAAUAGAAAAAUCCUAGGUUUUCAGUUCAGGUAUUAGUUUUCAGUUUCCCAAUGAUUUGCAGAGCCACCGUAUCAAGGGACAGGAACUUCUUCCUCAGCCUAAUAAACAGGGCCAAAACACUCUUGCAUCUCAACCAAACCCACGCCCAAAUAAUCCACAACAAUCUUUUCAAUGACAACAUUACAAUAACAAAACUGGUACAGAAACUCCUGGACCUCAAAGCCACAGCCCAAGCUAAGCUCCUCUUUACGCACUCGAAAUCACCUGACCUCUUCCUCUACAAUGUCCUUAUUAAAGGCCUUAAAGCCUACCCCUUUGAUUCUCUCCUUGUGUACAAAAAUCUACGUCAACAAACCACCUUAGUUCCUGAUAAUUUUACCUACUCUUUUAUUAUUUUGGCAUUUUCUGCGACUUCGUUCUCCGGGUCUGAGAAAUUUGGCGUUUUGCUUCAUGGGCAGGCAAUAAUAUCUGGCCUUGGCACGGAUUUGUUUGUGGGCUCGGCUUUGGUAGAUAUGUAUAUGAAUUCGUCACGGAUUGGAUAUGCAUAUAAGGUGUUUGGUGGGGUAUCCGAUCCAGAUACGGUUCUUUGGAACACUGUGAUAUCUGGGUUGGUGAAAAAUUGUUGCUAUGAUGAGGCCAUCCGGGUUUUCAUUGAUAUGGUUAAGAGGACAAUGCGGAUUGACUCAACUACGUUAGCUGUGGUUCUUUCAGGUAUAGCUGAGUUGCAGGAAAUGAGUUUUGGGAUGAUGCUUCAGUCUUUGGCUAUUAAGGUUGGUUGCCAUUUUCACGAGCAUGUGCUUACUGGUUUGAUUUCUUUGUAUUCGAAAUGUGGGGACAUUUUGACUGCUCGGGUAUUGUUUGAGUUAAUUGGGAAGCCGGAUUUGAUUGCAUACAACGCAAUGAUUUCUGGUUAUUCGUUUAAUAAUAAAACCGAGUCAUCAGUUCAGUUAUUCAAAGAAUUGCUUUUUUCAGUGGAAAAAGUUAAUUCAAGUACUAUGGUUGGUUUAAUCCCAGUGUUCCAUCCGUUUGGUCAUUUGAAACUUACGAGUUUAAUUCAUGGUUUUUGUGUAAAGUAUGGUUUUAUUUUUAUUUCUUCUGUUUCUACUGCAUUGACUACAGUUUAUUGUCGGCUGAAUGAGAUAGAAUCUGCCAGGAAGCUUUUUGAUGAGUCGGCAGAUAAAAGUUUGGCAUCUUGGAACUCCAUGAUAUCAGGCUAUGCCCAAAAUGGCCAGACAGAAAUGGCAAUAUCACUUUUUCGUGAAAUGCAGAAUCUUGAUAUUAAUCCAAAUCCUGUCACAAUUACCAGUAUACUAUCUGCAUGUUCUCAACUUGGUGCUUUAAGUUUGGGAAAAUGGGUCCAUGACUUGAUUAAGAGGGAGAGUUUUGAGUCUAACAUCUAUGUGGCCACUGCUUUGAUUGACAUGUAUGCAAAGUGUGGGAGCAUUAAGGAGGCGCGAAGGUUAUUUGACAUGACGAGGGAUAAAAAUGUGGUGACUUGGAAUGCAAUGAUAUCUGGGUAUGGCCUUCAUGGACAUGGACACGAAGCACUACUUCUUUUUGAGGAGAUGUUAUGUUCUGCAGUUCCCCCGACAGGGGUUACUUUCCUUUCCAUUUUGUAUGCUUGCAGUCAUGCUGGCUUGGUAACAGAAGGAGAGAAAAUUUUCCAUUCAAUGGUCCACGAGCACUGCUUCAAGCCCAGUCCCGAGCACUAUGCAUGCAUGGUGGACAUCCUUGGCCGAGCUGGAAAAUUGCAAGAUGCCCUAGAAUUUAUAAAUGGUAUGCCAAUUGAGCCAGGUCCUGCAGAAUGGGGUGCACUGCUGGGCGCUUGCAUGAUUCACAAGGAUACUAACAUAACUCAUUUGGCAGCUGAUAAGUUGUUUGAACUGGAUCCCGAAAAUGUAGGAUACUUUGUUUUACUGUCAAACAUAUACUCAACCGAGCAUAAUUACUCUCGGGCUGCUUUAGUGCGUGAAGUUGUUAAGAAAAGAAAUCUGGCAAAGACCCCUGGUUGCACUUUGAUUGAGGUCAGGGGACAGCCUCAUGUCUUUAUGUCUAGUGACAGGUCCCACCCAGAAUCAAAAUCAAUUUAUGCAAUGCUUGAAAAGUUAAUGGAUAAAAUGAGGGAUGCUGGAUACCAGAUGGAGACCAUCACAGCAUUGCAUGAUGUAGAGGAAGAAGAGAAGGAGCUAAUGGUGAAAGUUCAUAGUGAGAAGUUGGCCAUUGUUUUUGGUCUUAUAACAUCUGAACCGGGAGCAGAGAUUAGAAUUAUUAAAAACCUUAGGGUUUGCCUUGACUGCCAUAAUUUUACCAAAUUUGUAUCUAAAAUCACUGAGAGAAUAAUCGUCGUGAGGGAUGCUAAUAGGUUUCAUCAUUUUGAAGACGGUGCUUGUUCUUGUGGAGACUACUGGUAGUACUUGUGUACUGAUGAAGAUUAUCACACGGGAGAAGGGAGAUUCUCUUUAUUUCCUUGUUUUCCUGGCAUAACAAGCUAUCAUCAAUCAAGAAACUCCAUUCUAAAUUCUUUUUAUAUAGACAUCAUUCAUAUUUUCUAGCCCAAACAUAUCAUGGAAACUCAUAAGGGAUUUGACUUUUCUAUUGAUUCAUAUGGAUUGGAUCAAAAAAAA